CCGCAACGAGACCCGUACUUUUUAACGGCUGUUUUCAGUAACGAACACAACGGUAUAAACGGAUAGUUUUUGGGUUUUUUUUUUUGUUUCCCGCUCGGUUGUAGAUCGUACAUGCUUGCUUAGGCUUUUAGUGCUGUUUGAUAAGGACGGGAAGAUGGCUGAGGACGCGGAGCGACAGACACUCAGGGAACCUCAUCCUGUCUGACAACUAGACUGAAAGUGUGAGGGAGAUCGACGAUAACUUUGUCAAAUAAUGAGGGAAACUCUUCUUUCUCAGAGCAUGGCAAAGAGCUCGUCCAAGGAGAUUAUGUUCGAGUUAAAGAUUCCCUAUCGAUCUCUGGAACCUUAACAGAUCAUUGUGUGCUCAUAGAUAACGUUAAGUCUCUUAGAACACAGGGACUGGACUCUUCCCCAGUAGUUUCUAAAUAAAUAAACUUUUACAUUUAAUCUGACACAGACAGACUUUAGCUGUAGAUUACUCUAGCAGGUAUUUAUCGCAGACUGACUGCAAGAGAGACCAAGGCAAAAGGCCGACAAACCCGUGCAGAUCACCAUGCCAGACGAGGCCAGAGCUUUGCAGGAUGGGUUUAGGCCUGGACAAGAAGCAGCGCAGGUGGCAUUAGUGCUAAACAUUGUUGUCAAUCCCAGCGAUGGCAAGGGCAAAGCUAAUACCUUGGAGCUUGAUGAUUUCACCCACAAAAGAGACUGCUUCAAACAGCAAAACGUCACCUCAGAUCUUACUGGCAGGAGCCAGUCAGGACUUGGUGUGUCCCAGGUGUCUGUGGAGGUGGGUGAGGUGAAGACAGCACAUGGUCCCGAACCUCUUAAAGCUAUUUCUUUGCUGAGGGGGAGAGAAGUGAGCUCACAGAGCACUGAACAGGACCUUCCAGUUGAAUCAUCGAGCAAUAAGCUACAAAAUGACAUAAACCUUCCACUGCAAGCGAUCAGCUGCACGGAUUCGGACUACAGCAGCACAAAGUCCAGCCCUGGUUACGCCUGCAGUAACUCCAGCAUGGAUCUCUACGAUGGAGAGCUACUGGAGCUCAAUAAAAAGACAUUAGAGAAGAUGAGCUCCAUUUCUCCCGUCAAUCUUUUUGAGACCAGUCUAGAUUCGGACAAAGCAAACAAAAGUGACCUGGAUCUUGACAGAGGCGAUUCCAUGUGGGACGUGGCUAGUAAAUCAAACGUGGGAGACUCACCUAAUGGCAGUUCAUCUGGAAUAUCCGACGUUUCAUCCAAAGUCAGCCAAACCAGAGAAAGCAUCGACGUCAGGUCCGAUCAGGACGACGACGGGCAAAGCGUCCAGUCCAGACGCAGUGUAAAAGAAGGGGUGUGUUGCUGCUAUCAGGCCACCAACAGAGCUUUUAUGCACUGUGUUGAAGAGACUCCAGCCAUGCUGUCCGGGCUGCUGCUGUCCAUCAUCUUCUGCGUGGUCAUCAUCGUUGUCAUUCCUGCUACAGGAAGGUUAACUUCAAAGAACAAGGCUGAUCAUGUCGGUGAACUUUCGGUGGUGUGUGUGGUUCUCUGCCUGAGCACACUCUUGCUUGUGUGCCUGCCCUGGGUGGCCACAGUGAGGCGCUGUGGAGGAGUGCUGGCGCUCUUCGUCUGGGGGACGCUUUACGUCACGGCUAUAGUCUUCAUCUUCACAGAGGGGCCCGUGACCGCAUGGGAACAAGUGGCGUUUUUCCUCUUCCUCUCUUUAAGUGUUUACACAGUGCUGCCUCUCUCUCUAGCCUGGGCCCUCAUAGUUGGGAUAGGAACCAGUGUUUCUCACAUUAUUAUCAUCAGUGUGUAUGUCCCUGUCACGAGUCCAAACACACCAGCACUGGCCGAGCAGCUGGUGGCGAAUGCAGUGCUGUUCGUGUGCGUGAACUGCGUCGGGGUCUUUCACCUGUGGAUGACCGAGAAUGAUCUCAGGGCGUCCAAUAAGAAGCGAGAAGAGUUCAGUGCCGUACGCUCCCAAAAGGAAUUGAAAAAAUAUCAGCAGGAGGGGCUCCUUCUGUCGGUGUUGCCACGCUACAUUGCUGUGGAGCUGAAAAGCGAGGUCAUAAAGAGGCUAUCCAAGCCAAAGAGCAAUGAUGCGAAUGAAACCGGCAACCACCCCAACUUUCACAGUCUUUAUGUACGGCAGCACAGGGAUGUCAGCAUCCUGUAUGCAGACAUCGUAGGCUUCACAAAGCUGGCAAGUACCUGCACACCAGAGGAGCUGGUUGCGGUCCUCAACAAGCUUUUUGGCAAAUUUGAUGACAUUGCAAAGAAGAAUGAGUGUCUUCGGAUCAAGAUCCUGGGGGACUGCUACUAUUGUGUUUCCGGUCUCCCUGACCCCAUUCCCAGCCAUGCCAUCAACUGUGUUCAAAUGGGCCUGGACAUGUGCACUGCCAUCAGUGAGCUUAGACGUGCUACAGAGGUUGAUAUCAACAUGAGGGUUGGCGUCCACACUGGCAACGUGCUUUCUGGGGUGAUUGGCUCACAGAAGUGGCAGUAUGACGUCUGGUCAAAUGACGUUACCUUAGCCAAUCAAAUGGAGUCUGGUGGCCUUCCUGGGCGAGUCCACAUAACCGAAGAAACGCUGCAGCACUUGAACGAAGCGUACGAGGUGGAAGACGGGGAUGGAGAAAGUCGGAAUUCUCAUCUUAACGGGAGAAAAACAUACCUGGUUAUGGACCCCAACAAACCACACAGUGUUGCCCGAAGGCCUAACACGACAAGCGGUCUUGCUGCAGGUGAGAACAAGCAGCGGGCGUCUGUCCGAAUGUCUCAGUACCUCCAAUCUUGGAAGAGCAUCCACCCUUUCGCUGACCUGAGCAACCCUGAAAAAAAGAAGACCUUCAAGCCUCUCAAAGGCGUCAUAAAGCGCCCACAGCUGACGUCAACUGAAGGACAACUUUUUCAAAACAGCCCCAAUCGUCUGUCUAUCGAUAGCAGCAUCAAGGGAUCACUGGACACAGUAGACAUAGCAGGGAGGAAAGCAAAGAAACUCAACUGGUUGACUCUGUUGUUUAAUGACCUCAGCUUAGAGAAACAGUUCCGCCUCUCAAAGGUGACAAAUUUGCAUCACUCAGUGAGCUGCAUCGUUGUGAUCUUUGUGACUCUUUUCACUGUCCAGAUGCUUGUCUCUGACAAGGACUUCGAAAUGGCCGUGUCCUAUGGUGUGACCUUCCCAGUAAUGGUGGCACUUCUGGUCUUUGCUUUUGCUGCAUACAUGACGAAAUUGCACUCCAAGUUGCCAUUAAAUGUCCAGUGGGUAUUGAAGCUGUCACGAAAUUUCACCACCAGGGCGGUGCUACGGCUUCUUCUAGUCAGUCUGUGUGUUCUCAUCACUUUGCUCAUGGCAAUCCUCAACUAUGUCUUCCUCCCAGGAACAAACUGCACAUCAGUCGCUAACAAAGCAGAUUUAGAAGGACUCAGACUGUAUACUGUCCCUUACUACCUGUACUGCUGCCUGCUGGCCAUGCUGGGGGUGAUUAUGUUUGUCAGGAUCUGCUUCUCUGUGAAGGGACUCCUGCUCACCCUGGCUGUGGUGGUGUACCUCGCCCUGUUCCUCCACGUCUUCGCGGAGAGGUCCCGGUGCCUUGUGGAUCAGCUUUAUAAUGACACAACGCCCAGUGUACUGAAGGACCCUCAGAUCAUGUCUGGGGUAUGGCUGGUCAUCUUUUACAUCGUGUGCCUCAUAUUGGCUAGACGGGAUGAGAUGACUUGCCGUGUAGAUUUCCUGCUGGAGCGCUGCUUCCAAACAGAGCGAGAGGAGAUGGAGACCAUGGAGAACGUCAACAGGCUCCUCCUUGAGAACGUCAUGCCGCUUCACGUCGCCUCGUUCUUCAUGGGCAAAGCUGUUCACAAUCAAGACCUGUACAGCGAGUCAUAUGACUGCGUAUGUGUGAUGUUUGCAUCGAUGCCGCAGUUCAAAGAGUUUUACAGCGAGAGCAGCGCCAACGGAGACGGCCUGGAGUGUCUGCGCUUCCUCAAUGAAAUCAUAGUGGACUUUGAUGAUCUUCUCUCUAAGCCCAAAUUCUCUUCCGUUGAGAAGAUUAAGACGAUUGGCAGCACUUACAUGGCUGCUGCAGGAGUAAGACACUGCCCUGUAGGAGAAGACCAUAAGAAAAUGGAUAUGACCUACUCUAAUGUUCGCUCCAUGGUGGAGUUUGCAAUUGCAAUGAUGAGCAAACUGGAAAAACUCAACCAACACUCUUUUAACAACUUUAAACUCCGGAUCGGAGUAAAUCACGGCCCGGUGAUCGCAGGAGUUAUUGGAGCGCAUAAACCUCAGUAUGAUAUCUGGGGGAACUCUGUUAAUGUGGCCAGUAGGAUGGAAAGCACAGGGGAACUGGACAGGAUACAGGUGACGGAGGAGACCUCCCAAAUCGUCCAGAGCUUGGGGUACGAUGUCUCCCUCCGAGGAAAAGUCAACGUGAAGGGGAAAGGAGAACUCACCACCUACUUUGUUAACACUGAUCAUUCAAUUCCUCAGUUCUAAUCAUACUUGCACUGAUUUAAAGCAAAGGCUCCAACUGAACCUGGGAGGUGCUGUAAACAUGGCAUGAGUCACACUGGUUUCCACACAGACAGAAACACAACCAGUGGCUGAAACUUAAAGGAAGAUUCCGCUGUAUAUCCACACCAGACGCUGACUCAAUGAUAAAAAGGUUUUUUUUAGUUUUUUUUUUAAUAGCUGCCUUUGUUUUCUGAAUGAGGCAAUAAAUAUGAUCCAUCCUGACUGCUAACAAAAUACAACUGGCACCUGGAAGGAGAAACCUUGCUACUUAUGGACCCCUGCAAGGCCUAUUCUGCACUGUUUCACUCUACAUACUAAAAUAGGUUUUUAAGUGAGGAACUCUCCAAAGCUGGGGCACAUUCAUUGCCUAAUCUAAAAACGAUAGUAAUUUAGGUUUGUUAGAAACAGAAUAACCAAAUACUAUUGUAAGAGGUAUUAUAGAAAGGUUCAUGUCUCACAAAGGAAACCUGGUCUUUCUCUGUGCUCAUUCUGCCUAACAAAUGAUCUGGAUGAAUAAGAUUUAACAUGUAUUAAAAAUUAUUUUUUAUUUUCACUUCUAGAUGGGAAAAAUGUUUACCUUAUUGUUUAAAUUUUCUGAAAUUGACUGGAUUGGUGUGGAAAUGGUAAGAAAUGGACCAAAGAGAUGUUUUUUAUUCCAACAAUUUUUAACCUUUCAUAGUAGGAAAAACACAUGCAUUCCUGAUUACAUAAAGAGAGAUGGAAAAAUGUAAAGGUUACAUCAUACAAUUUUGUUUGUUUUUUGUUGUUUUCUCCAUCCUCAAAUGACUGGACCGAUAAACAAGACUGUCAAAAAAUAGACUAUGGAAGAGAAUGAAAUAUUGUUUACAUUUUCAGUCUUAAAUGCUGAGAUGGACCUAGUUGUAGGUGAAAAGAAAACAUUUUACACAUUCUGGUUAAACCUUCCACAGCACACCUUAUCCAGCCUGAAGGGAUGGGGAUCCCAGAGUAUGAUGUCACUGGUGACAUUGCUUGGAUGCAAUAGUUGUGACCAUGAUGCUUUGAAGUAUGUUCAUAAUAUGUCUCAAACUGACACUAUUAUUGUGGAAAAACUCUCCACACGCAUGAAAUGAUGUCAUGAAAACUCAGGACAUGGAAUUGCACUUUCUGACUUGUGUUUGGAUGAACUGCAUUGUAACCUGCUGGUGUGUAUGUGUUGGAAUGCUGAGAACUGUGAAGGAAGAACAGCUUUAAUAUGUUAGCUGUACGGAAAUAUAUUUUUUCUAUUCUAUUUAUAUAAACUAAUAAUAAAAAACA